UUUCUUUGGAGGUUUGUGUUGUCUGCAAAUGAGCGCCCAGUGGGCAGUGGAGAUCGAUUCCUCUAUUGUGCGAUCGCUUGCAGGCUUAAUGCGAGUUUUGCUUUGUUUGAUCGACGAGCUCCGACGGUUUUAUUGAUCGUUGUUCGAGGUUUGAGGCUAAUUGAAAAUAAGCUGUUCUACACUCUGCAACAGGAACAUGAUAUGAGUCUUCCAGCUGUUACAACUUCCCACCACCGAUCAGCGUGAAUUACACUUGUUCGUUCCCAGUUAGCUUGUCAAGAAAAUUGAGAAAGCUUCAAAACUCAAUGGGUUCGGGAUUCCCUUCCCAUCAGCUAAGCAAUGGCUUGUAUGUUUCAGGCCGACCUGAGCCACCAAAGGAGAAAACUCCAGUUAUGAGCUCAGCAGCUAUGCCAUAUACAGGUGGAGAUAUAAAAAAAUCAGGAGAACUAGGGAAGAUGUUUGAACUGCAUGUGGAAAAAUCCAGAAAAUCUGGACCUCUAAAUGCCCCUUCAAGGAACACAUCAUUUGGAAGUGCAGCUUCUCAUUCAGGGCCUAUCAUAACGAAUGCCUCUGGCCGGUCUAGCUAUUCUGGUUCUCUCUCUUCUGCAGGACCAAUUUCUAGCACCUCACUAGUUAGCGGAGGCCCCAUCAUGCAAAAAUCUAAUUCUGGGCCACUUAAACAUGGAGAUCUUUUGAAGAAAUCUUCUGGUCUUCAAUGUGGAGGGGGAGCACCAAUGUCUUGCCAAAAUUCUGGUCCACUCCCACCAAUGCUUCCAACAACAGGGCUCAUCACAUCUGGGCCAAUUUAUUCUGGGCCUCUUAACUCAUCUGGUGCACCUCGAAAAGCAUCUGGCCCUCUGGAAUCUGCUGGGUCACUGAAACUACAUGGCGCUUCCCGUGUUCAAAACCUUGCUAUCACUAAACUAGGCGAGGACGGGGAUUAUUCUUUCACUGGGACCUUACCAAAACCGUUCCUAUGGUGUGUAGGUUUAUUGUUUGUGAUGGCAUUUAUUGCAGGCGGUUUCAUACUUGGAGCUGUUCACAAAGCCAUUCUUCUCAUUGUAGUUCUGGUUAUAUUUGGAUUAGUUGCUUCCCUUGUCAUAUGGAAUAUUUGUUUUAGUAAGCGGGCAAUCAUAGGAUUUGUUGCCCACUAUCCUGAUGCUGAACUAAGAAAUGCAAAAGAUGGCCAAUAUGUUAAAGUCUCUGGGGUUGUUACAUGCGGAAAUGUUCCUCUUGAGUCAUCAUUUCAUAAGGUUCCUAGAUGUGUUUACACAUCUACUAGUCUAUAUGAAUCCAGGGGUUGGGAGUCCAAGGAUGCCAAUUCUCAGCGUCGCCGUUUUACUUGGGGACUGAGAUCAUUGGAGAGGCAUGUGGUUGAUUUUUAUAUAUCUGAUUUCCAAUCCGGUUUAAGAGCUCUGGUCAAAACUGGCUAUGGUGCUAGAGCGACACCAUUCGUUGAUCGGUCUAUAGUUGUUGAAGUUAACCCGAACAAGGAUGCUCCUCCAGAAUUUCUCAGAUGGUUACGGGAAAGGAACCUUUCAAGUGGUGCUCAUCCUUUGCGGCUUAAAGAAAGUUUUAUCAAAGAAGGUGACACUGUCAGUGUGAUGGGGGUUGUUCAAAAAAAUGAGACCGUCUUGAUGAUAGUUCCUCCUUCGGAGGCCUUUUCUACUGGAUGCCUGUGGACUUGGUGCAUGCUCCCAGCAAGUCUGGAAGGAAUUGUGAUGAGAUGCGAGGACACUUCAAAAACUGAUGCCAUCCCUGUUUAAAGGUUUGUUUUUGGUAGCAAAUCUAUAUAUGUCAACUCCAUAAUUUAUUUUUUUAUUGGUUGUUGGCAUUUGCUGUUAAAUUUAUCUACUUACGUUGAGUUCUUUCACAUUUUCUUGUGGUCUAGCAGACGUGUGUGCGUGUACAUAGUAUAAGAGAGCCCAUGGAAUCCAUUUCAUUCUGCAUUUUGUGCACUA